CUUGAACGCAGCACUCCUGUAACCCUGUGUGAUGCGUGUGGGAGGAAGAGGAGGGCUACAUCUGAUGUACGUGCACUGUCCACUCCGUAAAGAUCUGCAGGAGGACACGUCCGAGCUGCCGUCCAAGUCUUUUCUCUUCUGCUGGCGUGAAUCGGAGUAAAGCUGGAGCCGGCGGUUCACUGUCCGCCGCCCGAGGAGCGGCACUUCCAGUGGAGUGGCACCGAGCGGCAGCCUCCGCCUUGGACCGACGAACUGGCUGAGAUGUCCCGGCACAUCUACACCCGUCACGGGAUAGGAGAGGGGAUGCAGAAGCCCGUGUUUCAGGCUAACAGGGGGACUUACUCCAGACGCAGUCGACUGAAGAGGUCCGAUGGCAGCACCACUUCCACCAGCUUCAUCCUCAGACAGGGCUCAGCUGAUUCCUACACAAGCCGACCAUCUGAUUCAGAUGUGUCCCUGGAGGAGGAGAAGGAGGGCGGCCGGCAGGAGAGGGAGCAGCAGGCCACUGUUCAGCUUGAGAGAGCAAAGACUAAAGCAGUUGCGUUUGCAGUGAGGACCAAUGUCAGUUACUGUGGUGCGCUGGAUGAGGAUGUUCCUGUGGCUGGCACGGCUGUAUCUUUUGAUGCCAAGGACUUCCUCCACAUCAAAGAGAAAUACAACAAUGACUGGUGGAUUGGACGCCUGGUGAAAGAGGGCUGUGACAUUGGGUUCAUUCCCAGCCCACUGAAGCUGGAGAACAUCCGCCUUCAACAGGAACAGAAGAGAGGACGCUUCCCUGGCAGUAAAUCCAGUGGGAAUUCCUCCUCCAGUCUGGGAGAGAUGGUGUCAGGAACGUUCAAACCAAACCCAAACUCUGCAGGAAAGCAGAAGCAGAAAGUGGCUGAGCAUGUUCCGCCAUAUGACGUGGUUCCCUCCAUGAGGCCAGUUGUCCUGGUGGGACCCUCCCUGAAAGGUUAUGAGGUCACCGACAUGAUGCAGAAAGCGCUGUUUGACUUCCUGAAGCACAGGUUCGAUGGGAGGAUAUCCAUCACGAGGGUAACAGCUGACAUAUCGUUGGCCAAGAGGUCAGUACUAAACAACCCCAGUAAGAGGGCCAUCAUUGAGAGAUCCAACACCCGCUCCAGCCUUGCUGAGGUCCAGAGUGAAAUAGAGAGGAUCUUUGAGCUGGCCAGGUCUUUACAGCUGGUGGUUUUGGAUGCUGACACCAUUAACCACCCAGCGCAGCUCAUCAAGACUUCAUUAGCACCCAUUAUCGUCCAUGUUAAGGUGUCCUCGCCUAAGGUCUUGCAGAGGCUGAUCAAAUCAAGAGGGAAGUCUCAAAGCAAACAUUUGAAUGUGCAGCUUGUUGCAGCAGAGAAACUAGCACAGUGUCCUUCUGAGAUGUUUGAUAUUAUUUUGGAUGAGAACCAGCUUGAAGAUGCUUGUGAACACCUGGCAGAGUACCUGGAGGCGUACUGGCGUGCGACGCACACUUCACUUUCCAUGCCGCUCAACCCCCUCCUGGGACGCAAUCUGGGCUCCACUGCUCUCUCCCCGUAUCCUGCUGCCAUUCAGGCCCAAAGAAACCGGAACAGCAACCACACGACGACAGACCAUUCACCUGUUGAACGUCGCAGCCUAAUGCCUGCCGAUGAGAACUGCCAUAACGAGCGGGCACGGAAGAAUCGCAACCGUCUCUCCUCAGGCUCACAGCACAGCAGGGACCACUCUCCUCUGGUGGAGGAGGACUACCAGGACCCCUACCAGGACUCUUAUAAGCCUCACCGUAACCGAGGAUCCCCGGGAGGCUAUAGCCAGGACUCCAGGCACCGGCUCUGAGCUGUGGCCUGCUGUUAACAAAGUAUAGGCCUGUGUCUCUUUAAGCGACCACCGUGAACACAAGGGGAAAGUUUGCUAUUACAUGAUAAAUCUCUUACAUUCACGUGGACUGAAACCACCUUUUAUUUUGUGUAGUACCUCAUAUCUACUUUGGCCUUGGCUCCUGACGAAUGGGCAUUUGAACCCAAAAAUAAGAAUCCUGCUCUUGCUUUGAUGUGAACAAGGGACUGGAUAUGAAAGUAGCACAAGAUCAGAAAAGUUAUAUUUAAGAGGGAAAGUUGGACCUGUUUUGAAUAUGUCCCCAGUAUGACAUAUGGGUGAAGUACACUAGGCCCUUCUGGACCAUUCCCGCUGUCUCAGCUGUUACUGUAGCAUGCAGGUAAGACUGUAAUUACAGGGACCACCUGACUCAGGCCAGUGCCAGACAGCAUCCAGCGGUGAUGAUCAGCGCAGAACUUGUUUGCACGGGUUCAGGAGCUGGUAGAAGGAGAGUUUAAUGCAUCUUUAAUACUCGAGUUUGUGUGCCGCUGUCCUCGAUGUGUGUGAUAAGUCCUGUAAAGCUUGCUCCCGAAUCCUGAAUUUUAGAACUAUUGUUUUAAAGUGACAUGAAUGGCUAAUUCAGGGUUCAUGCAGUAGCUUCCUGUUCCCUUUCUUUUUAAACGCUGUUUUUGUCAUAAAUCAUAUGACGGAAAAGGAGAAAACUCAUGCAGAUACUAAUACAUUUCAAAGCUCCACAACCUCAGGAAUGAGAGGUCAUUUAGACCUAGAAGUGUAGCGUUUAUGUUCUCACCCCUGAUGGGAGUGUGAUUCUGAGAGUUAUGUUAUUUUUGUGAUUUUAUGAUUUCGUUUCUUGAAAAAAAAAGUGGUUUUUCCAGCACAGAAGUCUUUAAAAUGGUCACAACAGUGCAUUUCUCACAUGCCAUGCGUCAAUCAACUGCUGUUGUCUGUCAUGGGUUUUGUAAGACAUGGAUUAAGCAAGACUUUUGGGUUUUUGUGAGUGACUUAUAUUGAGGGCUUCCAUAUAUAAUACACUGAAAAAUAAUCAAAGGAAAGAAAUUUUAAUUUGUGUAAAGUUCAGUUUCCAGAACAAUAAAUUACAUUCCAUUUAUGUCAUUUAUAUAAGAGCCUUGCAUACACCCUCCAAACAUUAGACAAAAAAUAUAUUAGUAAAAGGUUUUAAAAAGUAAAGUAAUACUAAACACUUUCCUUUAGUAGCAAUUUAACAUGCACCUCUUCCAUAUUGUCAUUUACAGCUUUUCUGUGUAUUCUCCUUGAGUUUUAUUAAAGACUACUGAUAAGUAAGAAGCUGUCUAAAAGCACUUGGGCAGGACUGCACUGCCUUUGUUAAUAGUGUCAUUUACAUGCUACUUUUAUGGAAAUGGUGAGCAGCCAGGUCUCCCCCAUUUUUCAAUUUAUAUGUACGCUACCAGCUAAUAUGGGAUUAAAUAGCAUUACCUUUUAACAUGACAUAUCCUUGUAUAUUGUAAUUUAAUAUUUCGAUAUUGAAAAGUUCCGUUUUAUUUCAGGUCAUAGACCAGAGAUCUCAUUGUGCUGUGAUUCUGGAGAGGGAAGUCUGACGAGCAGGCUUCCAUUCUUAUUUUCCUUACACAGUAGCUUUUAUUGUUGUAGUUUCGAAACAGUGGAGCAUAACCAGCGAUUUAAAAGAUUUGAAUACUGCCUGUGAGAGAAUGAUGCAUUGAUUAGAAGUUGUGUGCACUGUCAUUUUACAACUGUAAUGAAAUAAACUGCUCUUAUGCUGUUGUAUGGAUA